GGGAGCCAGCGGACAAAUCUGUGUGUCUGCCUCACUCACCACCCUUGCUCUGCACCAUGGGGAAGGACAGGCUGCCCGGUGGCCUGAACAUCUUCCUCCUGCUCCUCUUGCUCCUCCCUGGAGACACCUCGCCCACCACCGAACCGCAGUACAUGGUGCUAGUGCCCUUUCUGAUCCACACCAACGGUCCUGAAAAGGUCUGUAUCCAGCUGACCCACCUGAAUGAGUCUGUGACGCUGAGCGCCACGCUGGAAUACGCAGGGGAGAACAGGAGCCUGAUCGCAGACGUGGUGUCGGAGAAGGACGUGUUCAAGUGCGUCCCGUUCACAGUUCCAAAGUCCAGCAGCUCAUCAGCAGCGUUUCUCACGGUGCUGGUGAAGGGGCCGACGCUGGAGUUCAGGAGCCGGAAAUCGGUGCUGGUCAAGAACUCAGAGAGCCUGGUCUUUGUCCAGACGGACAAACCCAUCUACAAACCCGGACAAACAGUUCUGUUUCGGAUCGUCUCUCUGGACGAAGACUUCCGUCCCCUGAAUGAGAAGUUUCCAUUGGCCUUCAUCAAGGACCCACAGAAGAACCGUGUGUACCAGUGGCGAGAGGUGGAGUUAAAUGGGGGCCUCACCCAGCUCUCCUUCCCCCUCACCUCCGAGCCCAUCCAAGGCACCUACAACGUGGUGGUGCAGAAGGAGUCGGGGACCAAACUCAAACACUCCUUUACUGUGGAGGAAUAUGUGCUGCCCAAGUACGAGGUGUCGGUGAAGCUGCCCAAGAAAAUCACCAUCCAGGAUGAGGAGCUGAAAGUGGCAGUCUGUGGUCUGUGA